AUGGGGUGUGGCUCGUCCAUGCAAGUUAACUCGUUUGAUGAGCUGGAAAUGCAGGUCCACAUGGGGAAAGUUGUUGAGAAGCGGGUCGUGGGAUACAAGCCGACCGCAAAUCUCACCAUCCCGUGCUCUUCACAGGUGUCCACGCAACAGUCGUGCUACAUCCUGCCUCAUGCAACUGAGAGUGUAAGCUCCCUCUCUGGACCCAUUUGCGAUUCUGAGGCCGACACUCCUGGCACCCAGGAUUGCGACUCUGUUACGGUCCAUGUCCCACCCCGCCUCCGAGGAGUCAUCAAAGAGGAGCCUGUGCUCUUGGAGUUCACCGAACCCUCCCAGGUCGAGAGCUCUUGGAACAUGCCAAGCGUGCGAGAGCGCGCCAAAGAUCUGCCCUUGGGCACCAUCGUCGCCCCAGAUCAGGAGCUGCACAAAAGGCAUCUCAAGAAUCUCGAUAGAUUUCGAAGCUCCGUCUUCAAGGCUCCAAGCUGGCUGGAAGACGAAGUCGCAGCCAGGAGGAAGCUGAGUGGAAUGGAACGGUUGCUGAGAAAUUGA